AUGCUUUCCCGCCAAAAUGUGUUUCGAUUGUUUUCAAAUUUGCUGUCGAGCGGCGCGGCGAAGGGACCGACGGCGGAGGAGGAGAUUCGGGCGCUGAAGGAGGCGUUGCGGGAAGCGCACGAUCGUGUGGAGACGUUGAGCGAAGAUAAACGAUUGGCGGAGAAGAAUGCGCGGCAGAUGGACUCGGAACGCGCGGCGCUGGCGAGCGAGCAAGUGGCGGUGCAGAAGACCGUGAGCGAGCUCGGUCGUGAACUUUUGGAAACGGCGAAGGAAUCGUGGAGUAUCCGUUCGGAAUUGGCGAUAAAGGAUGCGGAGAUCGAGCGUUUGCGUAAGAACAAAGGUGAGGCCAAGUCGUCGAAAGUUGACGCGAAGCCAUCAAACGUUGAAGACGCGAGAGAGUUUAUUUUCAACUACUUUGCAACCAAGCGAUGCGACUCCGUCGGCAUGGACGAGCUCAUGCGCGUGAAGCCUUCGGCUCUAAGCGACAUGGAUUUGUUUGCGGCCCUCGCGGAGCGCAUCACGGACACCGCGUAUCAAACCGCGUCGCACAUGGUCGUCGUCCAUCAAAUCUGA